AUCACUGUGAAUGGCAGAGCAGAUCCUGCUGGAGUUCCGGCCCUCCAACCAAAGCCAGCCGUCCCCUCCCAACGCCACCUCCUGUGACAAUGCUCAGGACGCCUGGGACCUGCUGCACAGAGUGCUACCAACAUUCAUCAUCACAGUCUGUUUCUUCGGCCUCCUGGGAAACCUCCUCGUCCUGUCCUUCCUCCUCCUGCCCCGGCGGCGACUGAAUGUGGCAGAAAUCUACCUGGCCAACCUGGCAGCUUCUGAUCUGGUGUUUGUCUUGGGCUUGCCCUUCUGGGCCGAGAAUGUCUGGAACCAGUUCCACUGGCCCUUUGGAGGCCUCCUCUGCCGCACCGUCAACGGGGUCAUCAAAGCCAACCUGUUCAUCAGCAUCUUCCUGGUGGUGGCCAUCAGCCAGGACCGCUACCGGGCACUGGUACACCCCAUGGCCAGCCGGAGGUGGCGGCGGCGCCGGCGGGCCCAGGCCACCUGCUUGCUCAUCUGGGCGGCCGGGGCCCUCCUGAGCACGCCCACCUUCCUGCUGCGCUCCGUCCAAGCGCUCCCCGACCUGAACAUCUCUGCCUGCAUCCUGCUCUUUCCCCAUGGGGCCUGGCACUUUGCGAGGGUUGUGGAGUUAAACGUGCUGGGUUUCCUCCUGCCACUAGCGGCCAUCAUCUUCUUCAACUACCACAUCCUGGCCUCCCUGCGAGGGCGGGCGGAGGCCAGCAGGACCCGAUGUGGGGGCCCCCGAGGAAGCAAGACCACGGUGCUGAUCCUCACGCUGGUGGCUGCCUUCCUGCUCUGCUGGGCCCCCUAUCAUGUCUUUGCCUUCCUCGAAUUCUUGGUCCGGUUGCAAGCUCUCCAGGGCUGCUUCUGGGAGGAGGUCACCGACCUGGGCCUGCAGCUGGCCAACUUCUUUGCUUUCAUCAACAGCUGCCUGAAUCCGGUGAUUUAUGUCUUCGUGGGUCGGCUCUUCAGGACCAAAGUCUGGGAGCUUUAUAAACAGUGCACACCUAGAAGUCUCAUGCCAAUGUCCUCAUCCCAUCGGAAAGAAAUCUUCCAAAUGUUCUGACAAAAUUGAAAUUGUAAUGAACCCAGGUGCCUGGCUUCCUUACCAGACAUUUCUGACAUCAUAAAGACCACCCAUGGUAAGCUGAGUAAUGACCUCCAGGGAGACCCAGGACCCAGGCUCUGAGUCUGUGAAUGUUAGUUUUUCGGGCAGCUGGGACCUUUCAGCAGUGAUUAAACUAAGGAUCUCGCGUUUAGGGAGCUGAGCAUAUUCUGACCAGGGUGGCCCAGGUGUAACCACACGAGUCCUUAUAAAGAAUGGGAGGGUCAGAGUGAGGGGUGUGAAGACAGAAGUAGAGACUCUAAGGAAGAGACCACAAGGACUGAGGGUGUGGCUCUAGUGGUAGAGCCACACGCGUGCACACACGCGCGCGCGCACACACACACACACACACACACACGAAUGAAACCGCCAUGAGCCAAGGACUGCAAGCACCUGCUGGAGGCUGGAAAGGGCAAAGAUUUCCCCUCGCUUUCCCAGAGUCUCCAGCAAGACUCCAUCAUGCCAACACCGUCAGCUCUGACCUCCAGAACUGGAAGAGAAUAAACUUUGGUUGUUCUGAUUUACCGAGUUUGUAGUCAUUGGUUAUAGCAGCACAUGGAAAUGAAUAUAGGUCCAAAUAGAAAUUAUGUUCA